UUGGAUCUGACAGCAAAGCUCUCCAAGACCCCAAAGAAUGAGCUCUCCUACAGAAAGAAUAUCUAUUCUCUACUUGCCUCUUCUUUUGUUUGGAGUGCUGGGGAACAUUUUCCUUCUUUUUCUACACAGCCUGAAGUUCAUCACUGGUCAUAGAAAAACACCCAUUAGUGUGAUAAUCAUUAGCAUGGCCUUAGCUCACACUUUGAUGAUUAUUUUCAGAGGAAUCCCCAUAAUAAUAAAUAUGAUGGCAUGGAAAUCUUUCAUGGAUGACAUAAUUGGUAAAAUUUUAACUUACUUCAUAAGACUGACCCAGGGAAUUUCCCUUUGCAACACCAGCUACCUGAGCAUCUUUCAGGCUAUCACCAUCAAUCCAAAUAGUACCAUGUGGGCAGAGAUAAAAACUAGGACCCAAAAAUAUAUUGUUCCCUCCACUUUGCUCUGCUGGAUUUUCAAUAUUCUGAUAGAUGUCAAUGUGGCUAUGAAUAUAAGUGAUCUAAGGAACAACAGUACAGAAAGAUGGAGAAUUGGGCAUAGAUCUUUCAACUUGCAUGCCAUAAAUACUAUUAAAAUUCUCAUUUGGAAAUCACUUGUUGAUGCUCUGUUUCUGGUUCUCAUGAUCUUCUCAAGUGGCUACAUGGUGUCAGUCCUCUAUAGACACAAAGAGCUAGUCCAACACAUUCACAGUACUAGCCUCUCACCCAGAGCCUUCCAUGAGACCAGAGCCACCAAAGCCAUCCUGAUGCUGGUAGGUACCUUUGUCUGCUUUAAUUCAGCCAGUUCCCCUUUUGUCAUUUAUAUAGCUUCUGAUAAAGCAAUUAGUCACUGGGGCCUACGUUUCACUGUUGUCCUCUCCUUGGUUUAUCCAAUAGUCAGUCCCUUUAUCCUGAUCAGCUUUGAUAACCAGAUAAUGAGGUUCUUGCAUGUUACCUUAGGUUUGAAAAGGCUCUUCUAG